UGCUAUUAGGGCCGCUUUCUCGCGCAUGCGUAUUAUAAUCAAUAGUCAUAUCUAGGGCUGUAACAUGACAUAUGUAUAUAAUAGGCAUUAAAAUUUUGCUCACUACGCUAGGAUGAGAUAAGUUAAGUAAAUAAAAGAUCAAGUAAUACCUUUUUUUCUUCUAAACGUGAUACUUCAUUGAACCUGGAUCUAAAUACGCAUGCGCGAGAAAGCGUCCCUAAUAGCCACACUACUUUACAUUGAAGUUUCGACUGUGAAAUGUGGACAAACUAUAACCUCAAGUCAAAUUCUUCCAACGAAGACUCGAUGACAAAACUGAACACGCAAUUGAACAAGUCAAUGGUGUUGAUGGAAGACGCCGUGGACACACCAUUUCCGAAUCAUAAUCGUAAAUCUAUCACGAUAAGUACAGAAUUAUUGCCACCUAAAACAAUCAACAGUCCUAUUAAAUCACGUAGGAGUAUUCUAAAGAAAUCUAAUAAAUCAUUGUCCGGUGAAGACAUGACGAUCGGUGAAGUUGCACAAGCAAAUAACACCUUUGAGAGGCUGAGCAAUGUGAAGCUUGAUGGAUUGCCAUCGUUCGCUUCUGAUUUAUCCAGACCACGCACUCUUGAAGAAAUAAGUCAAAAGGAGAUGCUAGAGAAAGAAACUAUAUCCUCCACAUUUAAUCUGGACGAUGUAUCGGAUAGUGAAGAGAUCUGGAUAAUGGAUGUUCCCAGAUUAAUAGAUCCAAAGGAGCUUCAUGGUCAAAUGAUAACCUUUGAUGACAAAUCCAAGUUUAGAAUUAAAGACGAACGGUAUUGCAUAGUUGCACAUGAUACAAAUCAUACUGUCACUUGUGUUUUUAAUGCUAAAAAGAAUGCUUCACGAUAUAAAACUGUAAAUGUCAAGCCAACUGGUUUUUUAUCGAUAAGAAGAAAAUUGUCUGGAAAACCAGAAGUAAAACCAAUAUCUACAGAGAAUUCCAGUGUACAGUUUCCUGAUAAUUUAAGAACGAGACAUCCACUGUUCGGUGUUAUUCGCGAACGUAAGAGAAGAUCGAAAAAACGCAGUUCGCUUAUUUCAAGCUAGAAAUUAUAAAUUCGAAUAAUAUUUGACAUUGAUUUACUUUGAAUAAAAAAAAAGAAGAAUUUUAUAAAAUAUUGUGAAAGAAUUAUCUGUAAAACUUUGUUUUCUCGUAUUUCUGAUUAUAAAUUUAUAUAUUUUAAGGCGAUGCUAAAGAUAUCGAUUGAGCGCGAUUAUUUUCAGACAAGAUUAUCUUUUUAUUGAUUAUAGAGAAUUAAAAAUCUUUUUCCAGAAUUGAAGUAUAGACAUUAACACAUCCGUGUGUUUAUAUUUCAUAUAAAAAGGGGGAAAAAAUUAGAAAAUUACAGUUUUAUUAUCGAUUUUUGCGAUUGACUUGUGACAUCUUACUGUGAAUAAAAGUUUAGGCUUUGACAUAUAAACAACACAUACUCACCGGGACGGAAUUACAAGGAAGAACAAUGUUAUAUUUUUAAAAAUGCGCUUAGGAGCUGUAUAAAA